AUGCCAACAUUAUCAUCUAAAGACGGAGUUCUGUUCUCUCGUAAGCUCUUAUUCCCCAGCGAAGCGCUCGGCAGGAGCCAAAUCGAACACUGGCAGCAAAUCGCGGCUUCAGAAACGGAACACGAAGAUACCGGCAUUGUAGCUCGACUCUUGCGGGCUUGUCUCGAUUCGUUGGCGCUCUUCCUACAGUUACAUGAUGCUGUAUCGAUAACAAAGCGCGGGCAGAAUGUCCUUCGACGGUGUCAUGCGACGCUAAAGCUUUGGGGAGAAGGGCACGGCGUAUGGCAUGGAAAACUAGACCAGGUUUUGGAACGAUCAAGGCACCUGCAACAAAUGACGCUGUCCAUCCUAAACCCACUAUGCAAAGUUCUGUUGAAUGGCCUCAGCAAGCAUGCUGCAUCAGAUGAUGCCAAUAUUAUGCAAAUGUGCAAUAGCACUGCUGAGAUAUAUGGCCAGACUAAAUGGCUGUUAGAGGGAUUUGAUGAGGCCACUAGCGACAGCGAUAGCGACAGCGAUUCCUCUGGAGACGGCAUCGGGCAUGGUGGGAUCAAAGCGAUUGUCGAGGACAUCAAGACAUACACCGAUUGUUUGGUCGACCUGAGCACAGCACUUGACUGUCCCGCCGUAGACCCCAUACACGACGAUGAGCCAAGCGUCCUAAAUGUACAACAGCGGGCCGCACACGAUUAUCACGCAGACCUUAUCUUGGCGAAGUACCCCAAAGCGAAUGCUGACUUGGUUGAAUGCCUAGGAAGGGCUAGCUGGCAACGAUACCAGCGCAUAAAGCAAGAACGAGAAUCGAACGCAAAUGCACAGAUAUACGCUCAGGCCCACCCAGAUUCGGCUGGGAAGUCUCUUGUUGCCGACUCCGAAUUUCAGGAUUCCGGCCUAGGUACCUCUCUGCCAUCAGCGCCCCCCACCGCGUAUGCGGAGACUGUUAUUUCUUUCAUGACCAGCAACGCAGGAGGGAAACGGAUUCAAAUUCCACCACUCUCGGCAGAAGCAAAGAACGGAGCGCAGUUCGAAUGUAAUGCAUGCGGAAAGUAUAUACGAGCCACUACUAACCGUGAUUGGAGCAGAAAACACCUCUUCCUCGAUCUUCGGCCUUAUACAUGUUUCUACACCGGUUGUGUCUUCAGUGCAAGCCCUUUUGCCGAUCGCCAGCUUUGGAGCAAUCAUCUUGAGCUCGACCAUAAGUUCGGUCCUACCUGGGAAGGUAUUGAAUGUCCAUUAUGCCUCGAAGUCACUAAAUCCGGGAAAAGUGCAAUUCUCAUUCACUUUUCUCGGCACAUGGAGGACAUAGGGCUUGCAGCGCUUCCUCGUGAUGUUGAAUCUGACGCCGACUCUGACGCAGACUCUGGGACUUCUUCUGAUCCAUUUCCACGAAGUUGA